AUGCAGACUGCUUCUACAAACAUUUGUGAAAGACUGUGCAAUAAGUCCAUCCAAAUUUCCUUGCCACUAAAUAUUCUACAGUUAAAUGUUAAUGGUAUUAUAACAAAGUGGAAGCAACUGGGAACAGCAGCAGCUCAGCCACGAAGUGGUAGGCCACAUAAAAUGACAGAGUGGGGUCAGUGCAUGCUGAAGCACACAGUGCGCAGAAGUCGCCAAUUGCAUAGUCAAUUGCUAAAGACCCCAAAACUUUGUGUGGCCUUCAGAUUAGCACAACAGUGCGUAGAGAGCUUCAUGGAAUGGGUUUCCAUGGUCGAGCAGCUCCACCCAAGCCCUACAUCACCAAGUGCAAUACAAACCGUUGGAUGCAGUGGUGUAAAGCAUGCCGCCACUGGACUCUAG